AUGUCGCAUUUAAAACCAAUUAGACGUAGUACGUCUUCAAAUCAAUCUAUAAAUAGUACGACUACAAAUAAAAAGACGACAAUAUUUCCUUUACCAAAUGCUACCAAACCUCGUUAUGUAGUUCCGAAAAAAAUUGAAAUUAAUGAAUUACCCGAUGACAUACUUCUAUAUAUAUUUCGUUAUUUAUCACCCAUUGAUUUACUUAAAAUCGGUAUUAUUUGUCGACGAUGGCAUUCAAUCUCACAAGAUGAAAGUCUUUGGCGUUCAUUAGUAUUUUCCUAUGGUCUUCAUCAAGUAACAUCAACAUUGACAAAUAAACAACGUAUACAAGCAUAUUUAAAUCAACAAAUAAAUACACAAUUAAAAACUCUUUUUUCUACUAAAUUUGAUGUAUUAAAAUCCUAUACUGGUAUACCUAAUUAUGAAAAAAUAUUUACAAAAUUCUCUCAACAAUUUAAAUUUCUUCUUGCAUUUUGUGAUGAUAAACAUAAUGUAAUUUGGUCUCAAAAAUGUGAAACAAUCAAAUUUUUUGAAGUAAGUAUGUCAAUUCGUUGGUUUGAAAUUACAAAACCGGAAUUAUUAACACGUGUACGUUAUCUUCGUCUUUUUUCUAUUGUUUCAAUUAAUAUCAAUACACGUCCAAAUCGUACACGUUUACCAAAAGAAAAUGAACAAUUAUCUGAUGUAACACAAAAACCUAUUCAACAUACACAACAAAUUCAAUCAUUAUUACAUGAAUAUACGUUCGAUUGGAAUUUAUUUGAAAAAAAAUCAAUAUCAUUAACAAAUGAUAUUAAAUCGUCUAUUCGUAUAUCAAGAUUAUCAAAUGAAGAUGACCUUUUAAUAGGUUAUUAUGAACAAGAUAAAUCAUUUGCUUUUCUUGUUUUUAAUAUAAAUUAUUUAUCAUUUCAUGAAUUAUUUUUUACUGGUCUUCGUUUAACAACAUUAACAAAUAAUAAAUCUUUAUCACAUAUGAUGAUACCAAAUCAUUUUCCAAAAUCAAAUGAUAUUGAAGUAUCAGUUUUUAUUUGUUUUCGAAAUAUGACAACAAUAUUUCUUCGACAUCGAUUUCUUAAUUGUCGAUUAAUAAAUUCGAAUACACGUCUUAUUGAACUUCUACGUAUAACAGAUAUGGCGAAAGAAUUAGGACCGGAAUUACAUGAAUUACCGAAAUUUAAUUGGAAAACAGGCAUUUUUAAAGGAACAAUUAAUGAUCUAUUCCUAAUUGAUAUUGUUGUUUUAAAUGAAAGAAAAAAUGUUUCAUUUAGUGUUACUCUACCAGCUACACUUAUAUCUGGUGAUAAUGAUAAUGAAGGUGGACAAGGAAAAGAUUAUCUUCUUUCAUCAAAUGUAUGGAAUAUUAAAGCUGAAUCACAAUGCAAUAAUCAAUUACGUAUUAAUGGUACAAUAAUGCGACUUGAUAGUGAAUAUUGUGCUCUUGGACGAGAUACACAAUCCUGGCAUUUACAAAAUAUGACAUGUUCAUUUUAA